ACGUGUUUGUUCUGCAGCAGCAACGUGGGCUCGGAUGCUUCGUAAAUAGAGGAGAAUUCAUCAGAGACACGGCACCUGUCGAAGCCUGCUUCUCUCCCUAGCUCUUUAGUCUUCACAUGCCACUAUGAAGUACAUCUUGGUUACGGGUGGCGUUAUCUCUGGAAUUGGUAAGGGCAUCAUUGCCAGCAGUGUGGGAACCAUCCUCAAGUCCUGCGGCCUUCACGUCACUGCUAUCAAAAUCGAUCCAUAUAUCAAUAUUGAUGCUGGGACCUUUUCACCUUAUGAACAUGGUGAAGUGUUUGUUCUCGAUGACGGAGGAGAAGUGGAUCUAGACUUGGGAAACUAUGAGCGAUUCCUGGACAUCCGUCUUAUCAGAGACAACAACCUCACCACUGGAAAGAUCUACCAGUCUGUAAUCAACAAGGAGAGGAAAGGAGACUACCUGGGCAAGACAGUACAAGUGGUGCCCCACAUCACGGAUGCCAUACAGGAGUGGGUAAUGAAGCAGGCUCGGAUUUCAGUGGAUGAUGACGGUGUGGAGCCUCAAGUUUGUGUCAUAGAGCUGGGAGGCACCGUCGGGGACAUUGAGAGCAUGCCUUUUAUAGAGGCCUUCAGACAGUUCCAGUUCAAGGUGAAGAGGGAGAACUUCUGCAACAUCCAUGUCAGCUUGGUCCCACAGCCCAAUACAACAGGAGAGCAAAAAACCAAACCGACCCAGAACAGUGUCCGAGAGCUCAGAGGGCUGGGCUUGUCUCCAGAUUUGGUUAUGUGUCGCUGUGCAAUGCCUCUGGAAAGGUCUGUCAAGGAGAAGAUCUCCAUGUUUUGUCAUGUGGAGCCCACACAGGUGAUCUGUGUCCAUGACGUCUCCUCAAUUUACAAAGUGCCCCUGCUCCUGGAGGACCAAGGUGUCGUGGACUACUUCUGUAAGCGGCUAAACCUGCCUGUUGAGAUGAGACCCAGAAAGAUGCUUACAAAGUGGAAGGAGAUGGCUGACAGAUCGGACCGUCUCUUGGAGCAUGUUUCUAUAGCCCUGGUGGGGAAAUACACAAAGUUAGCAGACUCCUACACGUCUGUUAUUAAGGCACUGGAGCACUCAGCCCUUGCCAUUAAGCACAAACUAGAGGUCAAGUACAUAGACUCUGCUGACUUGGAAGCUACCACUCUGCAAGAUGAACCUGUGAAAUAUCAUGAGGCCUGGCAAAAACUCUGCAGUGCUCAGGGUGUGUUGGUUCCAGGAGGUUUUGGUGAAAGAGGAACAGAAGGCAAGAUGCUGGCUAUUAGCUGGGCAAGGAAACAGAAUAAGCCAUUUCUGGGCGUAUGUUUGGGCAUGCAGCUGGCAGUGUGCGAGUUUGCCCGCAAUGUUCUCAAAUGGGAAGAUGCCAACUCCACAGAAUUUAAUCCCGAAUCAAAACACCCUGUGGUGAUUGACAUGCCAGAGCACAACCCUGGGCAGAUGGGUGGAACUAUGAGACUGGGGAGGAGGCGGACCAUUUUCAAAUCCAGCACCAGCGUCGUGAGAAGACUGUAUGGAGAUGUGGAAUAUGUUGAAGAGAGGCACAGACACAGAUUUGAGGUGAAUCCGGAGCUGAAGCACCACUUUGAAAAGAGGGGACUUCAGUUUGUCGGUCAGGACGUGGAGGGAGAGAGAAUGGAGGUCAUUGAAUUGGAGGACCACUGCUACUUUGUUGGAGUGCAGUACCAUCCAGAGUUCACCUCCAGACCCAUCAAACCUUCUCCUCCAUAUUUCGGUCUCCUGCUGGCUUCUACAGGAAAACUCCAGAGCUACCUGGCAAAGGGCUGCCGUCUUUCUCCUCGGGACACUUACAGCGACCGCAGUGGCAGCAGCUCACCUGACGUGGACAUCACUGAGCUGAGGUUUCCCUCUUUGUAGGUGUCGAUCUGAACAAAAACUGAUCUGCCCUUAGCAGAUGCUGCAAAACCAAAAUUUGUAUCAAACUGUUUUUACGCUGUUUGGCACAAUAUGCUGGUAGUCAUUCGUACACUAAACAUGUUAUGCCUUCGUGUCAAAAAAAAAGUAUUUUAACUCUGAGAUUUUACUGCAAAAAAAGCAAAAAUUCUAGUUUUUAUGGGAAAACUGUAAGAAAAUGUGCAUGCUGUGGAUAAAUGAUAAGACAUGAGCCUGUCAGUAGAACGUAUGCAGUAUCAUUAAUGGCAAGAUGCUUGGAUGAAAUUGUGAGAAGAUGUAAGAUGUGCUUUGCAGGUAGGCAUAAAACCUUGUGACUCCUCAGAAUUAACAGGUGAGUUUGCAGGAAUCAUGACAUCAGUGUUUGGGUUUCUUACGUCAGCCAUCCUGCAAAUCGGUCCAAUCCAAGCAGCUUGUAUUCUCCACGUUUUGCCUCUGUGUCAUAGCAGUUAGACAUGUUAUUGAUACAUUUACCUCUUCAAAAUGCGUGUUUUUUUUGGGUAACAGUUUUGUUUUAUGUAUGUCUCCUCUUGGUUUGAAUGCAAACUUUGGUUUUAAGUAUUAUUGCUGUCAGGCUUGUACAAGUAUGAGAUUAACUUGGACCACAAAGCUUGUGGCUGUGGGGCGUGUACGAAACAUUAUGUUGUAAUAAUAUCCAUGUGUAAGGCUAAUAUGGACACUGGGUUUUGAUUCCUGUGCAGAAACUGAUAUAUGCAGACUUGAGUGUUAUAAGGUUUUGUUUUUUUCCCCCCCUCCCAUAAGCCAGGACUCAUCGGUUCAUGUUGCAUGACUUUAAGGUUUGAGCCUUUUUGCCUUUUACAGACAAAUAGGAUUUUGUAUUCCAUUUCCUCUUGCUGCCAUAUCUGACCCAGAGCUUCCUAAAGUGAAUAAUGCUGAUGCACAGUCAUCUGACAGUCCAGUAACAUUAGGUGACCUUUCAGUCAAUUCUAAGAAACAGGAGAUGAUAUUUUGGCAUUAGAAAACUGAAAAUACAACCUCAGUUUGCUCUCAAAACAUCAGUAGCAGCCACCUGUAGAGCUUUAGCAUCAAACUUCCAAGGUACAUUUUCAGGCUUGUUGCCAAUGCUUUUGUUUGUGUGUUGUUGACCCGAAUGUAUCAACAUACCAUAUUUUUCUAUUAUGAAGUUUAGAUGCAUGCGUGACGCAACAUGUGGUUUUACUUUGAAUUAAAAUUUUAUUUGUCAUGAUAAA